GAAAAGAACCAAUCAUUAAAAGGUUGCUGUUGCCAUGACGACGGCGUAGCUUGUAUCCCGUCAUGCAACGUGUUCCCCAAGAUGGCGGCCAUAAGGCGGACGAGUGGAGUAGGGACUGCAAUUGGGCUGGAGGAAUAGAAAGAGCGGCGACGAGACCGAAUGAGGUGGCGGGGAUAGAGCCUCUUCUCUUGGCCUUGUAAAGCUGUCAAAGUUCAAGAAGAAGAGGAGGAGGAAGAGGAGACCCAGCGGAAGAGCUCCUGCUGUCUGGCCAGAGCAGGAGAGGACCCCUACCCUCUGGUCUCAAUAUGUGGGACGAAGCAGGGGGUUCCGUGGCCUUGUUGUGCCUCACGGCCAGUAGUGGAGUGCCUUUGUAUUGCCGGAGUCGAGGUGGCUCUUCCAAGCAGCAGCUGCCUUUCUCUGUGAUUGGCUCCCUGAAUGGGGUUCAUAUGUUUGGUUCGAAUCUGGAUGUCCUGUUGACAGCUGCCUGUACAGAGAAUACUCGUGUGGUCUGGAAAGUGUUUCAUAACAGCAUUACCCUCAUUGUCCUGUCCUCAGAUGAAGGUGCCAGUGACUUCAGUCUUGGAAGGCUCCUUGAAAAUGUUUUCAGUGCCAUGGUGCUGGUGCUGGGCCUGGAGGAAUUGGUGAACGCACGCAACAUUGAACGUCUCAAAAAGGACCUGAAGGCAUGUUACAAAUUGAUUGACAGUUUCCUGGAGCCGGGCAAAUGCAGCGCUGACCUGACCCAGUGUGUGGAAUGUGCUAUAAUGCCCUCCAGGGCGAUACUGCAGGACGGCCUGGAAGCCUUUGCCUCUGCCGCAGAAUCACGGUUUGGCAGCCUGCUUGUGGGCGGUCAGGUGCUGUGUGCAACAGAGCAGUGGUGGCAGCUUGCAGCCCCGGAAGCCAUGCUGCUGGUGUGGCUGGUGCGCUCACUCCCCCCUCACACCUCCCGCGACCUGCCUGUUUACCUUCCUCACGGCAGUCCCACGGUUCCCCACCGCUUCCUGACCUUUCAGCUCGUGCCUGGUUUGGAGGUGCUGCUGCUGUGUGGGCCCAAGCCCUCCUUGCAGUUCUUGGCUGAUGAGUUAGUGAGGCAGUUUUGGCAGCCGCUGCUGGAUCUUCUGAAGGCAAGUGCCAGAGCCCCUCCUCGAUGCCUGCCUCCUGGCAUCUGUCUUGCCCCUGGGAUCCUGGGGCUGCUGCUGAUCAACCAAGAUCAGAGGAAAAGCCUCUUCACAGUGCAACCUCAUGGCCCGUGGACUGAAGGGUCUGAGAUGUCCUUAAAGAAUCGGCUCUGUGCUCUCCGCUCCUUCUAUGCCUUAGCUAUCUCUUUGUACUUUCCUUGUGAGAAGUCAGAGGAGGGCACAGCCCCUCUGCAGGAGGAGUUCCAGGCUGGUUUCUCCCACUGUCCUCAGCACUGUUAUGUGGUCUUUGCAACACACAAGGCCUAUGCUAUCCAUGGGAGGCGGCAUCAACUCUUCCUGAUUGUGAAGCCAGAUGUACCUACCUUUGCUCUACGGUCUCUGACAACCUGCACGCUUCAGGCUCUCACACCUGAGGACUCAGCCUUCUGAGGGAGUAUUCCCUACUGGAUUCUGAUUAUAUUGGUGGUGCGGAGACGGAGUCCCUGAAACUUCCAUGCAAGCUGUGAUUGCCCUGCAGUGGAACAGCCUGGAUUUGUGAAGGAACUUUCAAAAGCAAGAGGAAUUCUACAGAUAAGAGUUAUUCCACUCACCUGUUGGUCUUUAUGGAAGUGAGAGGCAACUGCAUGAACAAUGGCUACGAGAACCAGUUUAGACCUCACAUAUCUUCCUCCUCUCCCAUUUGUUGUAUACAUUAAGGCAGGCCUAUAGAUUAAAAUACCACAUCCAUAAAAUUUGUAUCUGAUGCGGGGAAGAGUUGAGAUUGUGUUUGAACUAAAUCUGUGGCAGAGGUAGGGUGCAUAAAUGAAGCUUUCUACUUAAGUACACCUCAGACACACCAACUAGGUCCAGUGAGCUGGAUGAUGCAUGUUACAGCAUCAUGGAUGUGGGUGUUUUGAUCACGGCUGGAACUAUUAUUAUUAUUAUUUAUUUAAUUUGUAUCCCGCCCUUCCUCCCAGCAGGACCCCAGGGCGGCAAACAAAGCACUUUGUUGUUAUGUGCCUUCAAGUUGAUUACAACUUAUGGUGACCCUAUGAAUCAGUGACCUCCAACAGCAUCUGUCAUGAACCACCCUGUUCAGAUCUUAUAAGUUCAGGACUGUGGCUUCCUUUAUGGAAUCUAUCCAUCUCUUGUUUGGCCUUCCUCUUUUUCUACUCCCUU